GUCGGCCUGUCGAGCUUCUACGACAUCUUGUAGUUAUUUUAACUUGACUGUGUGACCGUCUUAAAUCAGUUUACUAGUCGCGAACCAUAUUUCCCCAUAAGGAUAAUGUAAGAAAAAUAAAAACAUUAGGGGAAUGCGUUGCGGUGCGUUUUUUUUUUCUUUUUUCGGAACUGACUUGAACGCAACACAACAGAGGACACCAAGCGCUCUGGGCACGCUCCACAAGCAGCAGAAGCUGUUUCAGCCUGCGAAGCACGCGGAACGGUGAGCGGGAGCCAGCAUGCGAAUGUAUGGUGCGGGAAUGGAGAAGAUAAAGUGCCGCUGCUGACACACACAAAAAAACACACAGCCGAGAGGACUGCGGUGCGUGUGCGGGGCUGAAGAAGACAUGAGCGGGACGGUAGUGAAGAGGAGAAAGGGGGCUGGACUGAAGAACUUAAAGAGCAGAUGGAGUGAGCAGCCCAAAGGGAACAUCAUCACUGAAGUGGCUGGGAAACACACAGCCAUCCCAGCAGGUGAAGAUGAAGGUGGACGACAAGGGGCCCUCCAGAGGUUCAGUGCCAUGUGGGCCUCCUUCCGCAGAGGCAAAAGAGAUGGAGUCAAAGACACUGAGCCGACAGAGCCGGAGGGCGCCGCGGCGGCAGACAGCACGUCCAGGCAGCACCGCUACGUCAGCGGUCAGUACUUCUUUGAGUAUCUGGUGGUGGUCAGCCUCAAGAAGACGAAAGAUGGCAGCAGCUACGAACCUCAGAUCACCUACCAGUUUCCCAAGAGAGAUGGGAUGGCGAGGUUUCAGAAGGAGGAGGAGGAGAAGACGCUAAAGGCGAUCACCCUCUUUUGUUUCCCAGAGGGCAUCAACUGGGCUCCGUUAACAGAAUACCACAGUGAGACGUUCUCCUUUGUUCUGACUGAGGUUGACGGCAGCAGAAGGAACGGAUACUGCAGGAGGUUACUGCCUGGAGGGAAAGGAGCUCGACCACCGGAGGCUUACUGUAUCAUCAGCUCGGUGGCUUGUUUCGGCCUCUUCUCCAAGAUAUUUGACGAGGUGGAGAAGCGGCGGCAGAUCUCCAUGGCCAUGAUCUACCCAUUCAUGCAGAAGCUGAGGGAGGCUCCAUUCCCUGCUCCGGGAAACACUGUGGAGAUUAAGAGCUUCAUUCCAGAGUCGGGCACUGAGAUCAUCAGCCUGACCCGGCCGUUGGAUUCCUGGCUGGAGCACGUGAACUUCAACACGCUCUUCGACUGCCUGACGGACGAGGAGGUGUUACUGGUGUUUGCCGCCGCCGUCCUGGAGAGACGGAUCGUCUUCAUCGCCGAUGAGCUGGGCACAUUAUCCCAGGUCAUUCACGCCGUAGCAGCCCUCCUUUACCCCUUCACCUGGCAGCACACCAUGAUCUCCAUUGUGCCAGAGAUCCUGAUCGACGUAGUGAUGGCGCCCACCCCCUACCUGCUGGGAGUCCAGAAGCGCCUGCUGGACCUGGUCACCGACCAGAGUGACCUUCUGGUGGUCGACUUGUCCGAGGAUAAAAAGGAGACCUUCAUUGUUUCACUUGGUGAUGAAAGCUCAAUUCUGCCCCCGAAGCUCCAGACUGAAAUACUAGAGGCGCUAAGUAACAGACAGAAAACAUCAACGGUGGAGGAGAUGAAUCGAGUCGUGUCGGAAGCCUUCCUGCAGUUCUUUGUGAAAACAGUCGGCCAUUACGGCUCGUACGUGAAAUACGGCCGUGCCGGAGGGCCGGGGGUGUUUGAGAAGAGGAGCUUCUACAAGGCCAUUGAUUCCAAGACCACUCGACACUUUGUCAAGAAGUUCAUCCAGACGCAGACGUUUGACCUGUUUAUCCAGGAUGUGGAGCAGCGGCAGCCUGGACCGCAGCAAGGAAUAUUUCAUAAAAAGAUCCUUGAAUACCAGGAGAAGAAGAAAAAGGAGAAGACAAAGAAACACUAGCUCUGGGCGUGGGACCCUGGGUGUAUAUAAAAGGAGUUCAUAGGAAACCAUGUGAAUGUUGCACUGUGUGUUUUUAUGUGUCAGUUUUGGUUUUAAAACAAGUGUGUACCGUUGUGUGAAUUUACUGUAUGGCUAUGUCGCUGCUACUCUGUGAAACACUGGCAGAAUGAGAGACUUUAGUUUCAUGUAUUGGUUCUCAGCCUGUGGCCUGAUGAGCAGGAAAAUAAUUUCACAUAAAGAUUAGUUUUUUAAGCAUA